AUGUCCGGCCCGGAGUCAGUGUUGGGGGAAAAGUCGGCGGGUGAGGACGCCGCAUGGUGGCAGGCACCAUGGAAAACCAUGGCUGACUUAGCUGAGGCAGUUGACGACCUUAUAUGCAGCUUCGAUUACAUGGACACAGCCAUGGACAACCUGGUUAUGUUGGUUUUCGUGUGGGUCCUAUUCUCGAUCGUCAUCCUCGGCAUAGCUAGGUGGGCAUACAGCAGAUUCAGUGUGAAAGCUGUUGAAGAAAAAGUUGAGAAACCUAAAGAUGAGAAGAAAACUGCUAGCGAGAUAGUCACUAGUUCAGACAGCGUGUUGGCAACUAGCGCGAAGGUUAAAAGCGCGGCUUUCAAGCCUAGCAAACCGACUAGCUUUGUACCGGCGACUCCGCCUAAUAAGAAGCGACUUGGGCGCAUGUCGCCAGGACCAGAACAGCUUAGUAUCAAGAAGCACAGCAUAAUAGUCCCUACGUGUACAGGCAGCGACCCAGCAAGUGUACACUGGGUCAAUGAGACCCUGACGUGGUUAUAUAAUGAUCUGGUUAUAGUGAACGAACUGGUGCAACAAUGGAUAGUGUCCAUGAAUGAAUUCGCCAAAAGAUCCGUGGAAGAGCAAGGCGUCGGUGUGGAAAUAGUCCGUGCUUUAGACAGUCACCCACCAAACCUAACUAACGUGUUCUGCGAGUGUGACACUAAGGAUGACGUGACCAUAACCUGUGACUGUGAAGCGACUCCCGCCUUCCAGCUGAAGGCAUUCAGUCAGCGUGGAGAGAAGGUUGAAGUAUCACACUACAGAGUCAAUGUUAAUAAAUUCCGAGCUCGUCUCCACAUAAUAUGCGUGACAGAUAAACUGACGGGAGAAUUGAAAUGUGAUGGCUGGCCAGAAGUAAAGGUGGCACUCGCGCCUGUGGGACCUUUGAGGCCUAAUGCUACUGAAAAUGAUUUGCAGCAGAUUGUGAGUGAUAUAGUAGUCAGCGCGCUCAGAAACACACAACUAUCAUUUAAUCUCGCCCAUUACCCGACUUGUCCGAGACUGCGGCGGUAUUCGGCUGAACCCAGUAGACUUCCACUACAUUAUGACUCAAUGCUACACUCUGAGAGACCGUACACAUCAACACCCAACUCCACGGCCGGCUGUGUUCAACUCCUGGGAGAUAAACGGCUGCUGGUUAAAGUCGUUAGCGCCAAGGACUUGGGAGGAAAAUCUGGUUGUAUGGCGCCGUAUUGUGUGGUUGAAAUGGAUGAACCUCCUCAAAGGAACCAGACGGCCUUCAAGAGAGACACCACCAGUCCCGUGUGGGAGGAACACUUCCUAUUCGACCUCUCAGCACAAACAGCUGAAUUACUAUUCGAAGUGUACGACCGAGGACCUGCAUCAACCGGAGCUAUGACCGGCAGCACGCAGCACAGAUUCCUAGGUCUAGGUCUAGUUGGUAUAGACGAGCUGUUAGCAGCUCCCUCCCAGAGACAACAGAUAGGGCUUCAAACUAGGCCUAUGGAGGAGCACGACGUGAGCGGGAGUCUCACGGUUGAGUUCCUGUUCAUAGAGGGCGCUGACAUCCCGGAGCUCGGCUCCAAGCCUUUCAAGAUCAAGGAGAGUCUACGGACCGUGACGUCACAGGGACGGACUACAACUACCACUAAAACUACCUUCCAACAGAACGGUCACGACACAGGUCCACAGCUAACUCAGUCGGCGUUACAAGAACUGGAAAUGAGUCCAACCUCGCCCGCCAACAAGUCCACGCUCAUCAUACACUCUGUACAGCGGGAGCCGACCAAAUCCAUAAAGCAAGGUGACUUUGUGAAUCAAGAAUCACCCCCAGACCCUGCCCCAAGAAAGAAAAGAAGAGACUUCUUUGGAACCAUUAAGAGAAGACUGGGUCGAUCCCGCACCAGGUCGGACUUGUCUGAUGACCACGUGAGGAGCGUCAGCGCUGAGAGGAACAGUCUGGAUAAGUCGUUGGUUCCGAGUCGUACUGUGUACUCGGCGGGAGCAUCACCAGCGCAAUCUGGCGACGAAUCUAGAACUUCUAGAAGAUCGUCUCUUAGUGAAGUGUCUGGAUUUAGUACGGCGUCGGCGAGAACUUUCAUCCACGAAGCGUCUACACUCGUCUUAGAAACUAUAGAAGCUGGUAUUAAGAAGCAUUACUUGGUGCCGCUGACUGUGGCUCAAAGAUCACGUUGGAGGAGAAAGGGUGUUAAACUACAUAUAUAUAAUGAACAUACUUUCGUCGCUAAACACCUUAGCGGCGGAACAGUAUGUCCUGUAUGUAACAAGACCGUCGCCCGUCGUCUCGGUAAACAAGGCUAUGAGUGUCGCGACUGUUUGUUACGCUGCCACAAACACUGCCACGUCCGCGUCCCGGCCGCCUGCCCGCGGUCCACCGUCCGAGAUAUGGAGCUGUGA